UCGGGGUCCACGUUUGAAGAACACGGUGUGACAAUAAAUUCAGACAGUUUGCUGGGUUACGAGUUCCAGCCCGAGAGACCAGACCGAGAAGGUGAAGGUCUGCUCGCCUCUUCUUUCUGUAACAACACCAAGUCCACCUGAAGCGACCAGCGGGACCAGCAAUGAACAAAAACAGCACGGACAGGACGUCCAACAUCAUGACCUCUUGACGUCUGUUCGUUCAUCGCCAUGAGUGGUGCUGCGCUGGCCGUCGUGGUCGUGGUGGUUUUCCUCUUGGCCCUCUUCCUCCUCCAGCGCUAUGGAGACCUGCGGAAGCAGCAGCGGAUGGUCCUGCUGGGGACGCUGCUGUCCUGGUACCUCUGCUUCCUCAUCGUCUUCAUCCUGCCGCUCGACGUCAGCACGACCAUCUACAAGCAGUGUGUUCUGGACAAUGCAAACCACUCGACUCCUGUAACACAACCGAGAGGCUCUAAUCAGAUAGAAGACAACUUCUCUGCUUAUCCAGCUGUCAGUAUACCAAAGGCUUGUGAGGAGCCAUGGAGUUAUAUCCCCGAUGGCAUCCUACCAGUGUUCUGGAGAGUGGUGUACUGGACUUCUCAGUUUCUGACUUGGCUGCUGCUGCCCUUCAUGCAGUCGUACGCACGGUCAGGAGCUUUCUCCAGAAUUGGGAAGAUUAAAACGGCUCUCAUUGAAAAUGCCAUCUAUUAUGGCACCUACCUCCUUAUCUUCAUCUCUCUGCUUAUCUAUGUGGCUGCUCACCCGCAGUGGCAGCUCUCAUGGACGGAGCUCCAGACCAUCGGCAUUACAGCUGCCAACACUUGGGGUCUCUUCCUUUUGGUGCUGUUGCUAGGCUACGGCCUGGUGGAGAUCCCGCGUUCUUAUUGGCUCUCAUCUUCCCAUGGUUACCUUCUGGCCAAGACCUACUUCAAGGUGGCGAAAAUGGCUACUGAGAAGGCAGCAGCUGAGGAGAACCUGGCAGAUGUUAUGGAGGACGUGGCAGGUGUCCAUGGAUCUGUCAGGUACAACCACUGUCUCAGGAAGUGUGUGGACACCAUUUUGACAAAGUGUCCCCCUGAGUACCGAGAAGAGAUGGAGAAAAACACGGAAAACUCUGCCGGUGAACAGAAUGUCCUUCCCACCAAAAGAGGCCUCGUUAAUCUCCACAAAAAAGUCAUCUCUGCAGUGCAGAGACACAGUCAGACUCGUGUUCAGUGGGCUAUCUUAUUAGACGAGGCCUUUCAUCUGGAAGAUGUGGCUAAAAGCCAGAGCAGCUCGGUACGACAGUUCGUCCACAGCUUCCCCUCGCCACACCGUCACAGCUGGAUCCACAGGUUCACCUACUCUCCCACUGCGGAGUGGUACUGGGAGUGUGUGUUCAGGCAGAGUUCCUUCAGGCUGCUGGCAGUCCUCCUGUGUCUCCUCUCAGCAGCAGUCGUCUGGUCCGAGUGCACCUUCUUCAGCACGAGCCCCGUCCUGUCCCUCUUCGCCGUGUUUGUUCAGAUGGCCGAAAAACGACACAACUACAUCUGCAUCGAGAUGGUGUGCUUUGUCAGCAUCCUCUUCCUGUGUGUCUGCGUCUACUCCACAGUGUUCAGGAUACGAGUUUUCAACUACUAUUACCUGGUGCCACAUCACCAGACUGAUGCUUACAGCCUGCAGUUCAGCGGCAUGUUGUUUUGUCGUCUGACUCCUCCUUUGUGCCUCAACUUUCUGGGCCUGAUUCACAUGGACUCCGCCAUCUCACAUCAGGACAGGAUACAGACGUCCUACACCUCUAUCAUGGGCUCUAUGCGUGUGCUAUCUUUCAUAUCUGAUGGCUUCUACAUCUAUUAUCCCAUGCUGGUCUUGCUGCUCUGCUUUGCAACUUUUUAUAGCCUGGGCUCUCGCUGUUUGAACCUCCUGGGCUUUCAUCAGUACAUUACUGAUGAUGACAUGACCUCUGACCUGGUGGAUGAAGGCAGGGAGCUCAUCAGAAGAGAAAGAAGAAGAAGACAGAAAGCUGAGGAUGGAGGAAAUCAAAGAUCGGCCUGGAGGGAGCGGUGUGGAAUCCAUGGGGCUACUGGGCGGACCAGAGUGGGUUACACUGAGUUGAAGGAUAACCAGAGCAGCCCUGUCACAGAGAUCAAGAAUAGUGUUAUCACAUUCGCCAGAAGAGAUGGAGAGACGGACGAACAGCAGAGAAGCUUACUGCAUGACAGGUCCAGCGAUGAAGGUUCACCAAACAGAAGAUCCAGAGGAGGACAUUACCUGUCUCUGUCACCUUCUCGGAUGGGCAUAUUUGACGAUGUGUGAUAGACAGAGGACAUGAAGGCAAAGCAAAAAGCGAGAACAUGCUGAAAUUGAAAAAAUGCUAAAAAUUAAUAUAUUCUUGAAGGAAAUUGAAUGAAAAGGAUUAUGCAAUAUCUCAGGAAAUAAAUAUGGAUAUACAAUCAGAAAAUAGAUUAUAGUGAAAUAUAAGCCCUCAGUGGAGGGUUUUAUACUGUAUCUCAUCUGAUUUCUUUGACGGGAUUAUUCACUGAAAGAAGUCACUAACAGUGAAGGGAUGUUACUCAGCCAAAGCCUUAACCUGUCUGUGCAAAGCCAAACCUUUUCAAAUGCAUUUUUGAUAUUAUAGUGUAUAGCCAUAGUGUUUUACAAGCAUAGAUUGAAGGAUGAAAGAGAUGGCGGACCUUCAGUGACUGAAGAUAAUCAUACAUGAUAUGUGUGGGAAAAAAUAAUUGUUAUCUGAGUAUUUUACCGUUGAUAUUUUUAGUUUUAAUUAAAUACCUCACUGUGACUGAAACAAAAACAAAAUGAAAACCAAUUCAUGUAUUCAAAGUGAAAAUCUCAUCACUCUAACUUAUUUCUUGCAGGAUACUUUCUGUUUGGCAUGACAUGACUUGUUUGUAUGUAAUGUAGUCUACAGACAGUUUCCUAACAGGUGUUUGUGUUUUGUAAUUGUGUCUGUAUCACGAUAAUGCAUUAAAAAUCUA